CCAAUAUAUGGCUUCCACCAAAUAAAGGAACAUCUUACGAAUUUAGAAAAAAGAGAACAAACCCUGGAAUCGUGGUCCAUCCUAUUGCCUGGCCUUAUUUCAAAAGUUUGUGACUCAGAGCCUUGGAUUCGAAGUUUUUGCAUCGGUUUGGUUUCAUCAAGGCUCCUUUUUCAGGAGAAUACCCCAUAUAUUGGAUCGAUAGUUUCCAUUGUGCUUUCGAGCUUGAAUAAUUUGGAUGAGGAAAUUCAAGUCGAUGCGGUCUUUCUGCUGUCGGCCAUCAUCAAUGCCAUCGACUCGAACAUUUUCCGAAAGUACAUUGCCCAAAUAAUUUCGUCGCUAUCCACCUGGCUGCAUGGCAUUUCCACACCUAGUCGUCUGCAGCGAAUGUCCAGAUUUGGGAAGCUAUUCAAUGCUAAAGAGGGGGUGUCUUUUUGGAUCAAUUUCUUCCGCUGCCUGUUUGCCAAAGAUAGUGAUAAUCUGGCCAACGCAGCAAAAGGUCCCAUCACGGUUAUCUAUCCAUUGCCCUUCAACAGGCGAUUGUUAUUGCCUCCACGAAAGACCGUYUACUCUCCAGUGGAAGCAAAAUGGGAAAUAGAAGCCAUAUUGCCAAUCAAAGCGCAAAAUCUAGACGAACUAAAUGCCCUCACUUCAAUGAAAGAUCUCUCCCCCUCCGAGAUUAUUUUUGCGAUUGCCAAAUUUAUCACUACUCUUAAAUUAAAUUAA